UGUAUUCAGCACUGUUUUUCCAGUCCGGCAACCCAUGAACAAGUCGUCCCUGGGAGCAGCCUGCUACAAGCAUACACCAUUGUGAUAUGACCGAAGUAAUAUUGCAAGAUAUUGUCUUCUAUCAAUAUGGUGUGAAUAUAUGUAUGUCACAUGUGGGAAAGUUUGCCCUUAUCAUGACAAAGAUUGCACGAAAGCAUUGGGAAUGGGGGACGGCCGGAUCACAGAUGAUAUGAUCACGACAUCUUCGGACAAACCCGGAACAAACAAGACCGGAGUUCGGCAGAACUGCUGUGGAGGUAAUCCAGGUUGGUCUUGGUGCCCUAACCCUGCUCGUAACGGCAGCAAAGUUUGGGUGGAGAUCAGCUUUCCCAAACCCACAGGUGUAUCAGGUAUCUUCAUUCAGCCUCCAGCCGGCAUGUCUCAUAACUUGACCAAGGCGACAGACUACUUGAAGCUGUACCGUGUACUAUACACAUUACAUGGAACAUCGCACAUGACUUACCUGGCGAAUAGCGGAACUCCGGUUAAUUUUACCGGCAUUGAUGAAAACUUGAGUGCUGGAAAAGUGCUAUUUCCCACAACUGUGAUGGAAAACCUGAGAAUUGAGACGUUGUCUUCUGAGGGAGAGCCUUGCUUCAGGUUUGAACUGUUUGGAUGUGAUGUAAAAAGCGUUUGUCCGGACGGAUGUGACAAUGGACACUGCAUAGCUGAGGACCUGUGUCUCUGCAAAGCGAAUUUUAAUGGAAAGUUUUGUGAAGAACUGGUUAUUCCCAAAUCAUCAUGUCACAGUCCUCUUGGAAUGGAGAGUGGAAAUAUAACUGAUGCUCAACUCGAGGUGUCAUCAGCUAAACCAGACCAAGGCAAAGAGAAGGCCCGCUGGGAAUGCUGUGAAGGUGAUAAACUAGGGGCCUGGUGUCCGGAAGAUAACGACACUAAACCAUAUUACCAGGUGAAUCUCCCCAAACCCGUCCCCAUCGGAACGAUCGGUAUUCAGCUCCCUGCCCGAGAGAGCUUGAGUCAACCACAGACCACCUACAUGAAAAACUACACGUUAGCCUACCACAAACCGGGGCCAAAUAGUGAUCUGAUCACACUGAAACAGGUCAUAAACGCGGCGAACUCAUCCUUCAGCUUCACGACGAGCUUUGAGGAACCUAUAGUAACAGAUAAAUUAAAGAUUAUUCCCAAGGGGUGGGAAAACAGUCCAUGCUUCCGGUUUGAGUUGUAUACAUGUGACAAUAAAGGCCGGUGUCCCUUGGGAUGUAAAAACGGAGGAACGUGUACCGGAACCAGUCUGUGCCAUUGUCGACAGGGGUUUUACGGGUUUGAUUGCCGUUACACUGAAACGGAAAUAAAGAUUCAACUUCAGGUCACCUUGACCUUUCAGCAGAUUGUUGACACAGUUUUGGUGACGCCGGCAUACAAUUUGAGCCUCCACGGGCACCCAAAACUUGUGGAUGGACGGAUCGGGAAGGCCCUUUUCCUUAACGGGCAAGCUCAGUUUAUGGAAAUAAAAAAAGAAAACAUUGGCUGUUUGGCAAAUGUCGGUCGCUGCCAGUCAGGCUUUACUCUUUCUAUGGACAUCAAUUUUAUAACGAUCGAAGAAGGGAUGUAUGUAUUUUCGAGCGGCGGCGAGGAGUCAAACUCCAGUGGUAUCACCUGUCGCGUUCAUAACUCUGAGUUUGAGGUAACGGUCAGCACAGCCAUCAAGAUCUGGACUGGAACAUUUCCUGUUACCAAGGUGCAGACCCAUCGGUGGACAAAGUUCGAGUACUCCUGGUCCGUCAUGGAAGGCUUGUACGUGUAUCUUAACAGUGACCACGCCCCUGUUGUCAAGGUAACACAGCCCACGGCCCUCCAGCCCAAACCAACGUACCAGUCAGGAAGCCUAGUGUUUGGAUCAAGCUCAUUGAAAACUACAUCAACCGUCGUCUAUGGUCAUUACAUAAUAGAGAAUGUUAAGACGUGGUCCGUGUCAAGGACAACCUUGGUGCAGUCUGGUGUUAUUGACGUUAAGUGCCCGGAUGGUUGUCUUAACAACGGUACAUGCACAGCGAAAGGCAAAUGCAAUUGCGUGGACGGCUUUGAAGGGAAUGUCUGCGAGCUUAAAAAAAACCAGCUCACACAGUUUAACCUGACUUUCGUUUCGGAAACUCACCAGGAGAUCACCAGCGUUUGUGGUUUGUGGAAAGUUGAAGGUGGUCCGAAGAUCAAUCAUGAGACAGCGGUAGGUACAGCAGUCAGCAUCACCACCUUCAAGCACUAUCUGGUCUUGGAACUUAAUCCAGCCAACCCUUGCCUGUCCGACAUUGAUCUUUGCUUCAAAGGCAUCACUUAUCACAUGGACCUGAACAUACACAAGUGGAGUCAGUUCACGUACUUCGUGUCAAAUGGCGGAGACAAAUCAGGCACAUAUGGAAUCGCCUUUUACUAUGCUUUGAACAAUUUGAGCGUGGCUGUGACAACGAGAACGCAUAUGUGGACAGUAAGAUUCCAGAGCCUGCCCGAGAAAGACGUCUGGCACAGAGUGGAGUACUCAUGGAGCGUGUCCCAGGGACUUACAGUCUAUCUGAACAACACAAUCGUCGGCAGGAAAGAAAACGGCACUGAGGCCGAAGUCAACAACAACAAGACUUUCCCUAUCCGCAUUGGGACACCCUCUUACAUCCCGGCUAAAGGCGACACACCCAGCUUUCAAAUCGCUAACAUUCAGAUCUGGCUGACAACCAGGACCAUUCUGGAGAGUUUUCAUAUCUUGCCAGAAGCAACGUUGCCAGAAAUCACCACAGAGGUACAGAAAACAUCCCCAAAGCCGUCAACUGUGCAGGUCACAGCUUCACCACUGACAACUGCGACAGAGGUAUCAGCACAUACAAACUCUACACCUUCUCGAAUAACCGAAAAGGUAACAUCCGACCAAACAGCAACAGCUAAACCCACCCAUAUGGUAUCUCAGCUCCCGAACACCACGCAAACAAUGACGUCCCCAGUUUCUUCGACGACGCCAGCUCUUCAGGUCUCAACUGAGAAAAACUAUACGUUUAAUUUUGCCAACCUUCAGCCCAACCAAAAAUCUUUAGUGCACAAAGAUGUUGAUGUGACAUUAGAAGGGGGAGCUAAGGUAGUCACAGUCGAUUCUUUGAAAGCAAUUCACUUUCAGAGUACAAGUGGUACCCAUCAGUUCCUAAAGUUUCACACAGAGCAUCGUUCUUGCUUGAAUGACAUUACACUGUGUCAGGAAGGGCUAACAGUCUCCUUCAAAAUGAAGCUGGCGAGUCUCGAUGAGAACACGUAUAUCUUGUCCAGCGGAGGUGAAAACCCCACGUCUACAGGUCUAGCAAUUUUGUACCGGUUUGGACGGCUUCAGUUUGUCUUCUCCCAGAAUGAGCGUGUGUGGUUCUGCCAUGCUCCUCGGCCGACCCUUAACGUCUGGACUACCAUAGACUUCACCUGGCAACAGCAAACCGGACUGGAGGUCUUUGUCAACAACGUACUGGUGGACCAGACUAAAACGUCAAUAAAGUAUGAACACAGUCACUCCACCUUCGUACAGAAGCACUUCUACUUUGCGUAUUCCACGACUCCUUCCGGGCUUCAGCAAGGGUUUGUGGGAUAUCUAGCCUCGUUCUCGUCGUGGUUCACCUCCAGGCCUGUCCUUGUGCAGCAGGGAAUUCUCCAACCAGCCACUCUGACUCUGCCAACAUCAACAAAAACACCAACAACCAAAGCGGUGAAGAUAUUAACCACACAACUGUCUAUCACAAAAGCGGGUACUUUACCCAUAACCACUACACAAGCACCUACGAUUACAACUACAAUCAAAACACCAACUACAAGACCACCUGUGAUAACGCCAGGAGUUCUAACUUGCCCUGUCGGAUGUGUAAAGAAAGAUGAAAUCGCCUUGGGUAAACCUGACCCGCCGGAAACCCCUUCCCUGACUAUUCAAGUCCCCCAGAAACUUCAGGGCAGUACAUACUUUGUGUGCAAGUUUCGGGCGUCUCAACAAGCCAAUCUCAUACAUAACGUUAGGUGGCUAAUCAACGAAAAGGAACUGCCGAUGAGCAAGCAAGUGCUGCCAGGGACGUCUUCCGAGGCAAAGCUGGACCCUGCCAAACUAUCCGGAUCCCUCCUAAACAAGAAGAUUUGUUGCUCGGUUCAAAAUGAGUUCACAAGUAUCUGCGGAGGAAAGUACAGCAAAGUAGUCAUCAGCAACUGUAUUACUCCAGAGAUUAAGCUCUUAACUCCCAAACUAAGUGUCCAAGAGGGUCUCGGAAGUGCAAAUAUAAAGAUUAACAUCACAGUCCCUCCGUCAGCCCUCUGCUCCGUGGAGACCGGAAGUGGGUGCGAGGUUCGGGUACUGACAACCCUAGUGGAAUCGUCCCAUGACAAGAAAUGCUCUUCCCGCCCCUUACCGGAAGUGGUAUUCCUCCCUCAUGUAUCCGGCUCGCGAUACCACUCUUGUGGGGCCUCGUUCCUCAACACCAACUGGAGAGAAACGAUGGAAAUCGAAAUGAAGGCCACCAUAGACGGCGUGUAUGACAGGAAUCAGGCACGGAACAUCAACUUGUCCGUGAGAAUUGUGGGAAUCACCUCCUUACAACUGAUCAAAAUCGGGGUGGUUCAGGUGACGGUGAUUGACGGAGACAGACGGGCACUGUGCUCCUCGACAGGGGAUCCUCAUAUACAGACCUACGACGGACAACGCUACAACAAUUAUUUGGAAGGGGAGCUAAUCAUGUACAAGCACCAGACAAGACCAUAUGAGGUUCGGGCCCGAACGAUGCGCUGUAGUUCAAGGCGAUCUAGACCCACGUGCAACUGUGGAAUCGCAGUGCGAGCUGGAGAUGACGUCAUCACUCUCAGUCGAUGUGAAAUCGGAGAGCAACAUCACCAUGACCACCACCAUCACCAUUCCAGCCAAUCAAUGGCUCUGCAAUUGUACAAGAAUGGUGAACUGACCAGCGGAACUACCGUCAGGAGACUGGGUUGUGGUCAGAAAUAUGAGGUGUACUUACCCACCGGGACUAAGAUUACAGUGCAGGCUGUCUCCACGUCUUUCAUCAACUUCUGGAUAACCCCGUCAGCUGCUGACAGAAACUCAGUCACCGGACUGUGUGGGACGUAUAACAGUAACCGACGCGAUGACUACAUGGGACCAGGCGGUGUAUCGUACAGUCGCUACCUGAGAAACAGCCAGCCCGACCCCUACAUAGCAGCCUGGAGAGUGGCAGAGAGUAUAUUUACGGGAGUGGCGGCGAUCCCCGGUGGGGAACGACAGAGGUACUGCCACUGUUACCACCCAGAACACGCUCCGUGUGGCAUCAGCUAUGACAUCAAUCGAUGUGUCACCACCUCAGCGUAUGAUAUAACCAACGAGCUGAUAAAACAAGCCAGAGCUCCGCGAUUAGUGACCACAAGGCACAGGAGAGCUGCGCCCAACACUGCGCCCACAACAACAGCACCAACAGCUGUACAGCAAACGAACUGUGCGAACUCCUCUUGGACUCUUGACCAGGCGAGAGACUACUGCCAAGAGUACCUAGACAACUCCACAGCCGCCAUGAGGUGUGACGCUCACUUUAACCUAUCCUCAGUUCACCGAGUCGACGACUGCGCAGUGGACCUUCAGUGUACGGAUGAUGUUGUGUAUGCCCGCUCCAUGAUUGAUGACAUCAUCAGUUACUGUGUAGAGGAAGUCCAGAAACACAACACUCCUCAGACCAAUGAUACCACCAGAAAGGACCUGGUAGUUCUGGUGACACAGCUCUGUUUGGAGGAAUGCCAGAACGGAGGAUCCUGUCAACAGGGGGUGUGCUCGUGUGCUGACGGCUUCACUGGUGUUGACUGCUCUGUCGGGAAAAACUCCACACCUAUCGUCGACCCGAUCCCAGCAGAUGGGGAACCAUGUGACCUUCGGGGGGAUAGCUGUCUGUUUGUACCUGUCACUGGUGAUGAUUUUGUUGACACGGAAGACUUAAAAUGUGAACUCACCUAUGUUCAGGUAAAGGACUCGGUGUCUGAUGAAGAAAAGACGGACCUAGUGAACGCCACGUACGUAGACAUAUCCCGAGUCAGCUGCCCCCUGUACAGUACCCACAGCGUGAAGGUAAAGGUCACCAAUAACGGGCAAGUCUUCAGCCAGCAAUCGUAUCUCCAUGUAGUCUACGACUCCAAGUGUAGUACCUGCCGACUUGAUACACUCACCAACACGGCUAGCUGUAAACAAAGGGAGGACAUAUGUCAGGUAGCGGGUCAGUGCUACAACAACGGAGAAACCAAAGACACAGAUCAGUGUUCAGUGUGUGAUACAACCCGAAGUAAAACUACGUGGUCGGUCAGCAAAGUUCCCGACUGUAGUGAACCAGAAGCCACGAAGGCCAGACAGACAGGCUCUAAUGGUAUUGGGACUACUGCUAAAAUCAUCAUCGGUGUUGUGUGCGGAGCUGUCGGACUUUGUAUCAUCUUUGCCGCUGUGUAUCUCUGGAAACGGAGGUUCAGGUCAGGACGCCGUGAACAGCUGAAUGAGACAGCGUCCGCCUCAACAGACCCGCCUCACACAGUGGAGUUACACCGGGAAAAGACCGAUAUGAUUAAACCCAUGAUUUGCACCAAUCAGGCCUUCAGAGAGGAGAGUAUUAGGUCCUAAAUCCUGUUAGCCAUCAACGGGGGAAUACUAACACAGCCAGUACCUAUUCCUAUAGAGUAGCUAGCGGGGGCAAAAUAACGGUUAGCCGAUACGAUUGUCCAUGGUGUAGAAAAUGUGAAGUGUUUCUUUUGACAAAUCCAUGACAACGCGCAAGAAAUCCAAUGAAAUAUAUUUCAGCAUAGACAUUUAUAUGUUUAGUGUUAUGUUUAGACUAACCAUCGUAGAGUAAUGUCAGUCUCCUACUGUAUAUAUCUGGUCACGGAGCUAAAACGUAACCAGGUAGCCAGGAAGACUUCUUGUAGGUCUCGUAAAUCGUCAUCUAGAAAGUGGUAUGAGUACACUAUUAUGGUUAGUUCCAUCGGUGGUUAGAAUCCCUGAGUGCUCACAGCCAGUUUUCCGUUCUGUUACAGCGCACGUGUCGUUCUUAACGCUCGCUUUAUAUCACUGUCACCACUACACAAUUUGACCUUUGAAUUCUGUGCGAUGCACGUAAGCUUUUUUUGACUUGGCCUCGUCACUUGCGUCCUCGGGCGAACAUCACUUCAACGUCACCCCCAAUGACCUCAGUGACUUCGGCGUUUUUCGAGAUUUCUACUCAAAUUUUACUAGUGGUGGCAGAGAUGUAAAGCGAACGCAGAGAGCAUGCGCUCAAAGAAGUGUGUCGGUUUUUAACACUGGAAUCUGUGUUAUACACACAAGUUGUAAAUCCUCAGUGAAGAUACUGCGUGUUACGCAAAUCUUGAUAAAUUGAAUAAAGGGAAUGGAGGUACUAUGUGUACUGUAUCUGAUGUCAUAUAGUCGUGGAGCACGUUUACCCAGUUCAGUAUUGGCUCAGUAUUAAAUGUUCUUGAAAACAGGUCAAGAAAGCAUCGAGUUUAAAGGAACACUGCACAGCACCAUAGUUUCCCUCUUUCCCAAUGAUCAACAUCAACAUCAAAGUAAUUACAGUUCGGGAAGAAUCUUCUCCUGAAGACUUCGUUGUCAGCCAAAUUGUAUAGUGAUUUUUUUAUGUUACACAAUAAAAAUGCGAAAAUUUC